AGCCCUUCAGAAAGUCUUCGACCAGUAAACCAUACAAGUCAUCUGCUCAAAGCUACAACGAAUCUACGAAACAACAACAACAGCAACAACAACAGUUUAGUAGCAGCAACAAUUUUUUCGGUUCCCGAACGAGAAGCAAAGCUGGAAACAGGGGGCGGCCGGAAGCGGGGUGGCCGGGGAGAGAUGUGGAACUCCAUGGGUAAAAACAGUGCACUGAUAUUUCUUCUUUUUGUUUUGUACGUUGCCACGACAACUCAAGGCUUUCUCAAUGAACGCAACGACGACGACGACCACCAAGUGAACACGGAGACGAGCAGGAGACACGACCAACGAAAUCCUACGGAGAAGAGACGCACUUUCUUGGAGACCCGUGAGAAUCUCAUGAGAGAUCGAGAAUCCGAUCCGAACGGAAAGGCGCGCCGAUUCUCCGGCAAGCAGCAAACCAAUCGGUACGAUCUUCCAUACAGGGAUUACGAUCGUGAGAGACGUGGCGAAACUGCCCUUGCUUCAAUGAAUAUCAGGGAAACUCGACGCGAAGAAACUGGAAGCACCAGAAGCAACAACGUGAUCCAGAGAUCUGCUCGAAAUCCCGACGACAGGCAACAGACAAGAGACAUAAAUUCUGAACGUGGAAAUGACGUAAGUAGAAGGAGGAUAACUCGAUCUAUUCGAGAAACAAAUUCACGAAGUAACGAUGAAAACAGAAUUUCUCGCGAAAGGAACGAUGAUGGCGUUGGAUACAAAGAAAGAGGAACGAUGAGGAGGGAAUCUGAAGGUAAUAACUUGCAAAGUAGGCAGGAUGAAAGAGAUUCAAAUAUUGCUCGUGAAAGACAAGAGCGCAUUGAUUCCAGAGAAAAUGAAGAUCGAAUAAUCUCUGAUGAACGAAAGGUAAUCUCAAGAGAAUCUAGAAACGAUGAAGAUUCGAAGAUAAGGCAAGAACGAGGAGAAAAUCGCGAUGUUAAUGUUGUUCGAGAAAGGCGAGAAGAGCGUUCAAGAAACAAUCGCAUUGAUUCAAGAGAUGUUAGGAAAAGUAGGGAGCAAGAUAAUAUUCGCAGGAUUGUCUUAGAUGAACGAAAGGUAAACUCGAGGGAAUCACGAGAAGAAGAAAGACGUAACAAAGAAGCACGUAGGAUCGAAUCUAGAGAAAAUCGAAGAGAAAAUAGAGAACAGGAAAAUAAUCGCAGGAUUGUCUCUGAUGAUCAAAUGAUAAAUUCGAGGGAGUCACGAAGAGAAGAAAGUCGUAACAAAGAAGCACGUAGAAUUGAAUCUAGGGAAAACCGAAGGGAAAAUGGAGAAGAAGAAAAUACUCGCAGGAUUGGCUCCGAUGAACGAAAGGUAAACUCGAGGGAAUCUCGAAAUGAAGAGCGACGUGAUCAAGAUUUGAAGAGAGUUGAAAGAAGUCAAGAACGACGUGAAGACCGUUUAAUAAAUAAUCGAAUUGACUCAAGAGAUGUUAGAGAAAAUAGAGGUCAGGAAAAUAAUCGCAGGAUUGUCUCUGAUGAACGUAAGGUAAAUUCGAGGGAAUCACGAAGCGAAGAAAGAAGUAACGAAGAGACGCGCAGGAUUGAAACUAGAGAAAACCAAAGGGAAAAUAGAGAGCAGGAGAAUGUUCGCAGGAUUGUUUCUGGUGAACGAAAGGUAAAUUUGAGGGAAUCACGAGAAGAAGAAAGACGUAACAAAGAAGCACGUAGGAUCGAAUCUAGAGAAAACCGAAGAGAAAAUAGAGAAGAAGAAAAUACUCGUAGGAUUGUCUCCGAUGAACGAAAGGUAAAGUCGAGGGAAUCUCGAAAUGAAGAACGACGUGAUCAAGAUUUGAAGAGAGUUGAAAGAAGUCAAGAACGACGGGAAGACCGUUUAAUAAAUAAUCGAAUUGAUUCAAGAGAUGUUAGAGAAAAUAGAGAUCAGGAAAAUAAUCGCAGGAUUGUCUCUGAUGAACGUAAGGUAAAUUCGAGGGAAUCACGAAGCGAAGAAAGUCGUAACGAAGAGACGCGCAGGAUUGAAACUAGAGAAAACCAAAGGGAAAAUAGAGAGCAGGAGAAUAUUCGCAGGAUUGUUUCUGGUGAACAAAAGGUAAAUUCGAGGGAAUCACAAAGCGAAGAAAGACGUAACAAAAAAGCACGUAGAAUUGAAUCUAGGGAAAACCGAAGGGAAAAUAGAGAUGAAGAAAAUACUCGUAGGAUUGUCUCCGAUGAACGGAAGGUAAAGUCGAGGGAAUCUCGAAAUGAAGAACAACAUGGUCAAGAUUUGAAGAGAGUUGAAAGAAGUCAAGAACGACGGGAAGACCGUUUAAUAAAUAAUCGAAUUGACUCAAGAGAUGUUAGAGAAAAUAGAGAUCAUGAAAAUAAUCGCAGGAUUGUCUCUGAUGAACGUAAGGUAAAUUCGAGGGAAUCACGAAGCGAAGAAAGACGUAACGAAGAAGCACGUAGAAUUGAAUCUAGGGAAAACCGAAGGGAAAAUAGAGAAGAAGAAAUUACUCGCAGGAUUGUCUCCGAUGAACGAAAGGUAAACUCGAGGGAAUCUCGAAAUGAAGAACAACGUGAUCAAGAUUUGAAGAGAGUUGAAAGAAGUCAAGAACGACGUGAAGACCGUUUAAUAAAUAAUCGAAUUGAGUCAAGAGAUGUUAGAGAAAAUAGAGAUCAGGAAAAUAAUCGCAGGGUUGUCUCUGAUGAACGAAAGGUAAAUUCGAGGGAAUCACGAAGAGAAGAAAGUCGUAAAAAAGAAGCACGUAGAAUUGAAUCUAGGGAAAACCGAAGGGAAAAUAGAGAAGAAGAAAAUACUCGCAGAAUCAACUCUGGUGAACGAAAGGUAAUCUCAAGGGAAACACGAACCGAAGAAAGACGUAACGAAGAAGUAGAUAGGAUUGAAUCUAGAAACAACCGGUAUGUAAAUUCAAGGGAAUCACAAAGAAAAGAACGACUUUCCAAAGAUUUACAGAGAUCUGAAAUUAGAGAAGAACGAAGGGAAAAUCGUGAUACAACGAUUAUUCGUCAAAGGCAAUCGAUAAACAAUCGCUUUAUUUCAAGAAAUGUUAGGGAAAGCAGGGAACAAGAAAACAUUCGCAGAAUCGUCACCGAUGAACGAAAGGUAAACUCGAGGGAAUCCCGAAACGACGAAAGACGUAAUAAAGAUUUGCAGAGAGUUGAGAUUGGAAAUGAUCAAAGGGAAAAUCGAGAUGUUAAUAUUGUUCGAGAAAGGCAGGAGGACCGUUUAAGAAAUAAUCGCAUUGAUUCAAGAGAUGUUAGGGAAAACAGGGAACAGGAAAAUGUUCGAAGGAUUGUCUCCGGUGAAGGAAAGGUAAACUCGAGGGAAUCACGAAGCGAAGAAAGACGUAACGAAGAGACACGUAGAAUUGAAACCAGGGAAAACCGAAGGGAAAAUAGAGACCAGGAAAUUAAUGUAAACAUAAGAGAAUCUCGACGCGCAGAAGGACGAAAUGAAGUCUUGAAGAGGGAUUUGACUAGGCAACAUGAAAGGGAUGUUAAGAUUGCUGGAGAAAGGCAAGAACGUUCAAGAAACAGUCGCUUUGAUUCCAGAGAUAUUAACGAAAAUAGAGAUCAGGAUAAUACUCGAAGGAUCAUCUCCGACGAAAGGAACAUAAUGGAAUCUCGACUUGGAGGACGCGCCGACGAAAGACGUAGGAUUGAAACUAGGCAAACUCGAAGAGAAAAUAGAGAUCAGGACAAUACUGUCUUUGAUGAACGAAAUGUUGACUCGAGGGAAAAUCGAGAAAGGAGAGAAAAACGCUCAAGGAAUAAUCGCAUUGAUGCGAGGGAUGUCAGAGAAAGUAGAGAACAAAAUAAGAGUCGACUGAACGUCUCUGGUGAACGAAAAUUAAACUCGAGGGAAUCACGAAAUGAAGAAAGACGCAAUGAAGAGAAAAACAGAAUUGAAUCUCGAAGAGAUGAAACGAUUGUCCGGGAAAGGAUUAGUCGUUUUGGAUCUGAAGAUAAACGUAUUGAUUCUAGAUAUUCUCGAGAAAGUAAAGAUCAAGAAAGAAUUGUAUUCACUGGACGUAAAGCAAAUUUGAGAGAAUUUCAAAGCGAAGAACAACGUAAUGUUAACACACGGAGUAUGGAAUAUAGGCAAGAACAAAGAGAAAAUAAUGGAAACCGUGUAAAUGAAAGAAACAUCCGAGAAAGACGAAACGUUUUGGAAAACAGAAAUGAAAACAAUUCUGGUAAUCGCAGAUUCAACGAAAAUAGAUUGGAACGUUCAGAAAGAAUUCAGAGUCGAGUGGAUCUGCUAGAUUCAAGGGAAUCCAUCAAUCGUGAAUCCGAAAGAACUUUGAAUGGCGGAGAUGUUUCCAAGAGAAUUUCAGAUGAAUCUCGUAAAAACGAAUUGGAAAUCAGCAUUUCGUCGAAUGGAAAACCUGAAAGGGAUAUUAGAGAUGAACGAAUUAAUGGAAUGGAGAAUAUAAUGCAUCGUUGGACCUACGAUGCAAGAGAAUUUGAUUUGCAGAUGUCUUUCCAGCCGGAGGGAAAAUUCCUGGAUGCCGCGAAAACCUUGAUGAUUGCUUUCAUUCUUAUACAGUUUCUGUCGCACAGCGACAACUCCAAGAUCAGCGCAUCUCGGGGACUGCAGGGAUGGUUAACAUCUGCGAGGCAACUUCUCUACUAAAUUGGAACUUUUGGAAACGACGACCAGGCCAUGCUUUACGUACCUAUUGACAUUAUAUAAAAUAAGAUAUUGUUAGUUGAAUUUGCCAAAUUUGGUUUAGUAUAUAAUAUAUAGCAAAUGUAUUUAAUCCACAAAAUUAUA